AUACUUACUUGCUAUGUUGUAAAAUUCUUUGUGGAUUGCUCUUGCAGCGUCGUUCCUCGGGAAUUUGAUGUAUCUGUCUCUUAAUGAACAAAUUGCUGCUGUGGUUCUCCGAACAGCCCGAGACACCGAAGACUUGGAGACACCGUGAAUGUCUCCAAUAACAAGAUAAUGGGCUCCACUGGCAAAAAACUGGAGCGUAACCAGGAGAGAUAUCAUGGGCGGAAGGGGAGACGAACGAAAAGUCGGGCUCUCCAACGCGUUGAAAAUCAUUCCCAAUAGAAAAACAAUAGAUUCCGGAUGGAAUCUGUAGCGUUGCCUAAUCUCGGAGCGUGAUAAAACCUCAAGAGGGUUUAUACGAUCGGGUAUAACCCUUUCUACUCGCUGUCUACGGCGCAAUCUCUCGAGGCGUCUUACAAAGUCGGCCAUAUUUGAGUAGAUAACAACAAUUUGAGGAAGCCAUAGAGCUGUCUCAAAUUAACAGACUCAACUCAAGGUUUGAGUACUUACAUGAGUCGAUAAAAUGUUCGUGAAACGCAUCUCAAAUAAUUACUCAACUUAAGUCAAAAGAUGAGUACACUAUUGAGUUUAAGUCAUUACAACAGACUUAAGUUUUUUUGUGAAACCGGGGCCAGAUAUUUUACACAUAUGAUUUAUUAUCAUAUUUGUGUCGAAUAGCAUUUUGCUUUUUUCGAGAAAAUUUAUUCUUGUCUCAUACUAAGCAAAAUCAUAACUUCACAUACCUCUAUUUUUACGCGCAACACCAGCACCGGACGUUGCGCAACCCAUUUUAAGCGUAUUCCCAGCGGGAAUUGGAUUGCGCGUUUAAUGACGAAAUAGGCCGAAAUGUUUACUGUCUAUUUAUAGGUUCGGAAACUACCGUCAUAUAUCUAAAAUAGGAAAUCUAAAUAUAGAAUUAGACUGCGUUUGCGAAUUUUUGCGUUAGAAAACCAAUUGAUAGUGAAAAAGAUGUAGGUAAGCAUUCAGCUGCACAUGUUUUAACUUGCCUGAUUUCACAACAAUUACAGUGUAAAACAUACGUACUAUAUAUAGACAGCGGAGUGUUAUAUUUAAGUAUUACUGUAGAUUGUUAAACAUAGCAGUGAGCGAUGCAUAGUAGUUACAUGAGCUUGGUAUUUUAUUACUGACUUUCAGUAGCUAGUUCUCAUAAUGGCAUCUGUUACUAAGGAUUUUCACCGGCUCUUAAAAAGAGUCGGCAAAUUGACGGACGGACAGGCGACUAUAGCAGAUAUAGACUGGGAUGAAGGGCUUCUUCAGAAAUUCCAUGUGAUCCUUCAGCCGAAUGCUGGCUUAUACAAAAAUGGGAAAUUUAAGUUUGAGGUUACAUUGACCGAAGAUUAUCCAGAUUCACCCCCAGUGGUUUGGUGUCACACUGAUAUAUACCAUCCUAAUAUUGACCCAACAGAGGAAUGUUACGGAGAAACGUCAACAAACGUGUGUCUGAACGUGCUGGAACAUGGUGUAUGGAGCAGAUCUUUCGGUAUGGAAGGAGCCAUUCUUGGUUUAUUAUUUCUGAUGCAUAAUCCUAAUCUUUCAGACCCAUUGUCACCUUAUUUUGAAGGAUCUGAUAACGACGAAUCAUUUGCGGAAAAUGUUAAAAAAUAUAUGGCCGGCGAAGAGUUUGACGGUAUUAGCUUUGAAACAGAUUUUUGUGUUAAAGAUGGCAUUUUGAUAACAGAACAGAGGACAGUGACAUCGGAAACCAAAGAUGAGUCAGUUAAUAUGGCAGAGGGACAAAUAGAAGAUCUAAAAAUAGUAAAAGAUGUUAUAUCUGUUACCAAUACAAAAAGUAUUAACAAUGAUGAGAGAACCGCAGACGAAUCAGAACAUUUUGUGCUGAAUAGUUUUGUUAAUGGUGCCACUAAUGAACUACAGGAAGAAACCAACAAGUAUUCUUUAAGUGAGCAAGAUAUUAUAAAAGAAAAAGAUUCUGAAUUCGAUAAGGAAUUGGAUAGCAAACCCAAUUCAGAAACAGACAAGAAUACAGACGGUUUAGACGAUCCUGCGCAUGCAACUGGUGAAAAAUGCAAUGAUGACGAAUGCAGCAAGUGUGACAUUGAACUAGUCAAUAUAGAUGGCGAAUGUGUUCUUUUGAUAAAUAGUUCUACACAAGAAAGAAACAGCGCGACAGAAACACCUACUACAAGUGAUUCAGCAUCUAUCGAUACCAAUACAGCAGGCGACGAUAACGUCGGCACACAGGAAAAUACUGAAAUUAAAACUGAAACAGGCAUUUUGUGCAAUGAUGAAAACAUUGCAAAAGAUGGUUCAUAUUUAGAUACUAUUGCUGUACCAUUUGAAACAAUCGCUUCGUGCAAUACAGAUAAUACUGUCAAAGUAGAUCUAGAUUUAGAUGCUACUAAUGUAAAAACUGAAUCAAAAGAUUCAUGCAUUGCUGAAGCUAGCCUAAAAGAAGAUAAUGAAGACAGUGCUAUUAACGAUAUGUCUCCAGUUUUAAAUCCUGCUCUUCAGUUAAAUUGCAAACAACAUUACCUUGACGGUGAUAGUCUUUCAAACGAGGUUAAAUGUGGCUGUGGGACUUGGUAUAUGAUCAGGUCUGCUUUUAGUAAAAUAGUGCAUACAAUCGGCCACAAUAAAUUGUACAGAGAUAUUGGUAUAUGAAAUGUGUUCAGUAUAUUUUUAAUACAUACCUCUACAUUUAACAUUGAUUGUGAUAUAGUAAUAACGUGUUGAUAUUGAAUUUUAUUAGACAUAUCUAUAUUGUGCGACAAUACAUAUUUCUUAAGCAUGUAUAAAGAUUAACGAAAUUCAGUGCUUAAAUCAAUGUAUGUGUAAUAUUUUAUUAUUGUUCAAAAAGUGUGAUAUCGUACACGUGCUGGAGUGCAAGUAGUAUUCCAAUUUCUGCUGAGAGGUCAUAUGAACCAAAGAACAAUUUUAAAUUAGAAAAACAAACUUGGAAUGUUUUUUAGUUUUGAUACAGGAAUUAUUGACUGCCUAUUUCACCUCUAUAAAAUAGCCUGAAUCUAUAAAUUAACAUGACGGAAUGUAUACGAUUUGGUUAAUCCGUCAAAAGAAUACUUGAUUACAAACGGAGAUCAAGAUCACAGGUUUUUUGUACAAUACAGGUAGUGGUCUAAUAGUUAUGAGAAUUAACAUGUUGUGUACAAUAUUUCCUCGUACGUAUAACUCCCAACAUUAAAUAUAGUUUGCACUUUUUGGGCAGUCCUCUAG